AUGGAGUACACUUCAGAGCAGUUAAACUAUUUCAGAAUAUGUUACAUCGCCUUCAACUUGGUCCCCGAAGCACUUCGGGAGGUCUUCAAACAAGAGUGGAAUUUCCUUUACAUGACGACUCCGUUUGGGAAAUGGGAAGACAUUCCACAAAAUGGACACGAUUUCUACAACAACGAGACCACAAAAAGCCUAAAAAAGAAUGCUCGAUAUUUAACGACAAUACAAAAAGGAAACACGGCAGAGUGGGACUGCAGUUGUCUAAUUUUUGCAAUCUUGUAUUCGGAUACAAUUGGCACCACGCUGAGUGCGGCAAUCAGAAAAGAAGUUGAUGAUCUCCGACAAGUUAGAAAUGAUAUUUCUCACAUGAAUGACGCUGAACUUACAGAUGCUGAAUUCCAGAAUUAUGCAGCAAGAGUGCUAGUGGCAUUCACGUCUUUGAAGCUUCCUCUUGAUGACGUUGAGAUUGUUAAAAACCAGACCAGCUUUCCCACAGCAGAAGUAAAAAGCUUGAAGAUGCAGGCUGGUAAACUCAAACAUGAUUUAAAAACGAAAGAUGAGGAAGUGAAAAACCUAAACUCCGAAUUGCAAUUGACUCAAAACAAAUUGCAGAAGAAGCAAAAAGUAAGAGAAAGUCUUACUCAGGAAAUCAAUUCCACAGUCGAAUCUUUCUGCAGUCUCACAUUAAAGCCAUCACAUCAAAUCAUUAGACGUUUGGGCGAUGUCACGAGAAUCACGAAAAAACUGGACGAGCUUCAACACAAAAACAAGAGAGCCGUCAGCACCAUCUAUUUAUCAGGGAUACCGGGCUGUGGUAAAAGUCAAAUUGCGCGUCAAGUGGGACAGGGAGUCUUUGACAGAAGAUUAAGUGAAGGUGAAGGCCUAGCAUUUGUUGCAACCUUGAAUGCAGAAACCCUUGACUCACUUGCCGACUCCUAUUUCUGUCUAGCUAGACAUCUGGGGAUUACGGAAUACGCUUUGACCAACCUAGCGGUCUCCACAAAGGGCGAGCCAAGAGAAAAAAUUCAGGAUUUAAAGCGUUUUAUUACUCCAAAGAUGAAACAGUUCUCUUACUGGCUGAUAAUUAUAGAUAACGUCGUUGACCUACCCUCUGUUCGUUGCUAUCUGCCCGCGACUGGCAGUGAAGAAUGGGGCUAUGGUCAGGUGCUCAUAACUACUCUAGAUACCUGGUCAGUACCCUCAAAUGCUCCUCAUACAUAUCAUGAGUCUCUUAACCAAGGCAUGGAUCCAGAUGACGCAUUGGAUCUGUUAUGGAAAGUCUCACAAAUGUCAAAUCAAGAUCAAGCAGAGAAGGUAGCUGAAGCUCUUGAGUAUCAGCCACUUGCCUUAGCAGCUGCAGCAGUUUACGUACAAACAGUUGUCAACCAUGGUUCUCCCAAUUAUGGUUGGAGAAAAUACCUAGAAACGUUUGAGAACAACGAACGUGAAGCCAAAGAAGAACUUUUUGUGAAACAGAACAUAGCAUAUCCGCAGACAAUGUCUUCUUCCAUAAAACUGGCCGUAACAAGAGUUAUAGAAAGCGAUGACAUUCUUCGUGAAGUAUUUGUUUUGUUUUCGCUAUGCGCAUCUGAUUCUAUUCCAGCUGAAGCUGUUGUUGGCUUCGUUAAAUAUCGUACCACAGAGCAAGCAGAAGAGUUCAUCAGAGCUAAAAUUCAGAAAUCCUCCUUGAUAUCUUAUGUAUUUGACGAAGACCGCACUAUCACUUAUUUCAGAGUACAUAACGUCAUUUACGAGGUGUUGAAGUCAGUUACAACGUGUGGCCGGGACUUGACCUAUAUAACUGAGUGCCUUUCUGUUUCUAUUACUAUUUUUCAUUCAUUGAUAGAGACAAACAAAAAUCUUCUACAAGCUAGUGGGAAAGUGUGCGUAAAAUUAGACAAGAUUACCCAUCAUUGUAGACAGCUAUACCUAGUUUUCAGAACUACUUUUACUAUCUACACAGAAUUAUUAGAUAAGGAGUUAUCACAUUUAAUCACCCCUGGUGAUUUAGUUUCGUGGCUUUCCUCGACUGCAGAAGUCUGCUGCCUCCUAAAUAAACUAUCAGAUGCUUACUUCUUUUCAAAAUCAUCAUCUUACUUUUUAGAUUAUCUUAAUAAUGAACCGAAGGAUAGACUGCUAAGGUCAGAUCAUUUCCACGUACACGGCAAUGUAUAUAGUUCCAUUGGCCAGUACACCCAGGCUAGGGAGUACCAUGAAAGGUCUCUCACCAUUAGAAAAGAGAUUUACGGCGAAGACCAUGAAGACGUAGCGGCAAGUUACAACAACCUGGGAAAUGUUUACAGUAACCUUGGUCAGUACAGUCAGGCUAAAGAGUGCUAUGAGACGUCGUUGGCCUUCUUUACAAAAAAAGAUCACGGUGGACACCAUGGUCAUGUAGCUAUGAGCUACAACAACCUCGGAAAUGUUUAUAGUGCCCUUGGUCAGUACAGUCAGGCUAAAGAAUACCAAGAAAAGUCUCUCGCCAUUAGAAAAGAGAUUUACGGUGAACACCAUGGUGACGUGGCGACUAGCUACAACAACCUUGGAAAGGUUCACAGUGACCUCGGUCAGUACAAACAGGCUGAAGACUACCAUCAAAAAUCUCUUGCCAUCAGAAAGGAUAUUUAUGGUGAACACCACGGCGACGUAGCUUUAAGCUAUUACAAUCUGGGAAAUGUUUACAGUAACCUUGGCAAGUACAGUCAGGCUCAAGAGUACUAUGAGAAGUGCCGUGCCAUUAGAAAGGAAAUAAUCAGUGAACUCCAUCAAUGGUCGACGAUCAACCGUCUAUCAGUCGGAGAGAAUCCUCUCUCAGUUAAUUGUGACGUUGGUCAGUACAGCCAGGCUCGUAGUUCACAAUUACAUUAA